AUGAACCCAAGUUUUCAAGAGUCUUUUGAAUAAAUAAACACGUAUAUUUCUAAAGGACCAGUAAGUCUUAACACAAAAGAAGAGAAUCCUCGCCUGAGCUUAAAAAGAACAAGAUAAGCUGAUGACGAUCGAGUGAAUAUUUAAAAUCUAGUGAAGUUUAGUUGCCCAUGUGGAAUGGAGAUAUCAGAACUGAAGGAGCUUUCACUGCAUUCCUCAGAUUGCAAACAGAUGGGAGAAAGAUAUGGAAGACUUUAUGAGCUGUGGAAGAAGUUAGUUGAUAAGGCAAUAGAGAAUGAUAGUCUGGAUGAGUGGAGGAAUUUAAGAGCUAUGUAUGAGCACUUUAGAGGGAAAUUUAUGGAUGGGAUAUAAAUGGUUAGGGAAAUAAAGAGAAGAAAGCUAAAUGGAAAUUCUAAUAAUAAUGAUAGCUAAUAAUAGUCACUCUAGAUGUUGAAACUUUAAUAAAAUGGGCAUUCGAAGUAAGCCAUAGAACCUGUAAGAGUAGCUUAAAUCAUAGACCUAGCUAUGGAGGAAGAAAAGAUUCCUGAAAUUAAAUAGAGCCUGGAAGAGUUCCAAUAAAAGAAAGCAGAAGAUAUGGGAUUUAAAUGCCUAGUAUGUCAAAAUAUCUUCAAAGAUGAUUAGCUAGAGGAAGUUAUAUAUCUUGACACUUGCUGCCAUUUGAUCUGCAAAAGCUGCUUGUCAUAAGCUAUAAAAGAUGAAUACCCCGAUGUAUAAUGCCCUUACCAAGAUUGUGAAGCUAAAAUUUAAGAAUUCGAAGUCAAAUAAAUUCUUGGUGAAAAAGAAUUUGAAGAACUCUAAGUGAAGAUUACAGCAAAAGCCUUAGAAAAUGAAGAGAACAUGGUAAGAUGUAAAUGUGGAAACAUCAUUGAGUUGAUUUAGGGUACUGCUUACUAAUUAAAAUAAGAUGAUGGAAAAAGAUUAUCAAAAUCAGCAGCCAAGCAUAUGGCUACCUACAGAGUAAGAUGCAAUGAAUGCGGUAUUAAUUUCUGCACCUCAUGCAAAGUUGAACCCUAUCACAUUGGUAAAAACUGUGCUUAAUAUGAAAAAGACUCAAAAGCAAAGAAGUGUAGAUUCUGUGGAGUAGCAUUAAAAACUGAUCGAUCUAACAUAUGUAGUAAAGCAUAGUGCAAGAAAACAGCUGUUGGAUGCUGCCGAAAAUUCUUGGAAUGCGGUCAUGCUUGCUAUGGAUAUGUCAAUGAAUAAAAAUGUGCCCCUUGUUUAAAUGAUCAAUGCGUUGCCAAAGAUGAAACAAUAACACUUGGUGAAAAUGCUGAUUCAUAUUGUUCAAUUUGCUAUGUGUAGGGUCUUGGGGAGAAGCCUUCAAUUUAAUUAGGGUGUAAACAUAUUUUCCACAUGGAUUGUAUCAGAACAAGAUUAGUCAAAAGAUGGGAUGGGCUUGCAAUCAGUCUUAAAUAUGCCUCAUGUCCCUAAUGCAAUCAAUGGAUAACAGCUCCAGGCCAUCCUUGGCUGGAGGAGAUGGUCUAAAAAGCUUAGGAUGUGGAGAUAAAGAUUUUAGAAAAGAGUGUCUUGAGAGCAAAACAUGAAGGAUUAGAUCUUGAUGAGAGACUAAAAGAUCCAAAUAGUGAAUACUUUAAUAAUCUUGAGAGAUUCGCAUUCGAUCACUUAAAUUAUUAUGAAUGCUUUGAGUGUAAAGAUCCCUAUUUUGGAGGACACAGACAGUGUGGAGGAGCAGGUGCUUAAGCGUAAUAAUAAUAAGACAAUAAUAAUGCUGAGGAGGCAAAGGAGGAAAUUUUAAGACCUGAAGAAGAAGAGAUGAAAGAAUAACUCUAACACAAAGCCGAACAGCUGAUUUGUCCGAAAUGCGUAAGCAACAUUUACAAGGCAGCUGAUAUAGGAAAUACAAAUUGCUAAAAGCAUGCAGAUGCCUUUAUUGAUUAUAAAUGUAGAUUUUGCUGCUCCUUAGCACUCUUCUUCUGCUUUGGAACCCAUCAUUUCUGUGAUCCUUGUCAUAGAAAGGCUUGGGAAAUGCGUAAUAAAACUGAAAAGGAUUUGGAUUAGUGUAAAGGCAAGGACACUUGUGCCUUGAAGAUUGAUCAUCCACCAAAUGGAAAUGAGUUUGCGUUAGGUUGUAGUCUUUGCAGAGAGCAACUAAUCAAUAAAAAGGAAGAUGAAUAGCCAAUAAUGGAGUUUUGA